AUGGCAUUCACACUUGCUCUGCACCGCGUUUGUGCCCCCACCUUCACGAGCCGGCUCGCCGUUCGCCCGCUCUCCACCACUCGACUCCUGCGCCAAAACGAGGACGGACCUUCAUUUCCAUUCGCAAAGGGCCCAGCUCCCCCGCGCCUCCCUAAGGAAGAACAAGAAAUCUUCGAAGACCUCCAGCGCCGCUCGACUGGCGCAUUCAGUACGCCGCAAGUCAACCAGUCCCCACAAACCGAGAUCAAGGUCAACGGCAGUGGCGAGGAGCUUCAUCCGGAUGCGCCACAAGGCUUGAAGCCCGAGUUCGAAGGCGAGAAGAACCCUAAGACUGGCGAAGUUGGUGGCCCGAAGAACGAGCCGCUGCGAUGGGGUUCUGCAGGUGAUUGGAGCUACGGUGGCCGGGUGACCGAUUUCUAA